CUAAAAAUCAGUGUAAAAAGUGUCAAAUUACUCAAAACACACGAAAGAAAUCUCUGAUUGAUAAGCUCUGAAAUGACUAAUGAGAGGCCACUAAACAGAAACGACGCCGUUCCAUUCCUCGUACCACCACCUCGUACGACAACCUUCCUCUGUUCUUCCGCCGCCGCAGCACGCGGGAACACCCGUAUCGCCGCCGCCGCACUCAGCCGGCCGCCGUGCAGCGCGGGGAUGACGAUUAAAACCAACACCGCCGCAAGGAGAAAGCACGCGGAGGCAGAGCUGACCGAAGACCGCCGCCGCCGUUGGCCGGGGAACGGUGGUGGUGAUGACAUCGCCGGCGCGGCAGGAUGGGGUCCACCAACAUAAAGUCUCUCCCCUUUUUUCUCCUUUUCUCUGCUCCCUCUCACUAGAGAGAUUUAUGAGCUUAGAAAUGAUUCAAUAGUGUGGGAUGGGGUCAUGGGCCAAAAUAUAUAGGUAUACGUCAAAUCCCUAUGGGAAGUGAUAUUUAAUGAUGUUUUUAUUGCUAUAGGGUGUGUGUCAUGUGUGUGACAAAAAAAAGGUGUCCCGUUA